UGAAAAUUUGCUAGUUGAUGGGACGAGGUUAAAUUUUGAAAGAGAAAAAUGGGCGAUGCUGCGAAUGGACAGAAAUUAUUCGUCAAGAUGUGUGCGACUUGUCAUACGAUUGUUUCAGGCGGCAAGCAUAAAAUUGGGCCCAAUUUAUUUGGUGUUAUAGGGAGGACCGCUGGAACCACCACUGGUUUCAAUUACUCCGACGCAAUGAAGAAGAAAGGAGCGACUUGGAAUGAAUCAACUUUGGAUGAAUAUCUCGAGCAGCCGAAGAAAUCAGUUCCAGGAACGAAAAUGGUGUUCGCUGGAUUAAAAAAGGCGAAUGACCGGAGCGACAUAAUUGCCUACUUGAAAACAUUAAAAUAAAUUUAUCUUGAAUUACCUGAAUGUCCUGAUGGAUGCCCAAGACGCAGAGAGUAAAGCUGGAGCCAGCAGCGGUGGUGUCGUGACCCUGGAAAUAGAGGACCAUUAGAAAAAAUUAAUCAGACUCUUCAUUAAAGGAAAAAGUAAUCGAAUAUCAAGUAACCUCGAA